UAGCACCGCCAAACUAGCAUCACAAUAGCAUUUUUUUCUUCCCUUCAACUUCUUCAUUGUCAUUCUGAAAUGAUCAUUACAACACGCCUUAUGUUUAUGCUUGCAUUGUUUCUUUCGCUACUUAUAAACACUGGCCAAAUGGUAUUUGCAAAAGGGAGCAACGUUAUAGAGGCUUGCAGUGUAACAAGGUACAAAAACCUUUGUGUCCACUCACUAGCACCUUUCUCUAAAGCUGCUGGAAGAAGCCCAAGCAAGUGGGCACGGGCAGGAGUGUCAGUGACAAUAAGCCAGGUCAAGAAUGUUCAAGCAUAUCUAGCAAAGUUGAAGAGGCAAGGGCAUAUGAAGGGGAGAAAUAGAAUUGCCCUUUCAGAUUGUGUCGAAUCUUUUGGCGUUGCCCUUGAUGAGCUUCACAUGUCACUUGGUGUGCUUAGGAAAUUAAGCAGAAGCAAGUUUAGUACCCAAAUUGGGGACCUCAAUACAUGGAUCAGUGCUGCACUCACUGAUGAAGAUACUUGCCUUGACGGAUUUCAAGGCCAAAAUGAGAAACAAAUUAAGUUGCUUCGGAAGCGGGUUCAGAAUGUGUCUCACAUAACCAGUAACGCUCUAGCUCUUGUCAACAAACUUGCCACUACAGGUCUGGGAAGCAUCACCUAUCCAUAGAAGUUUUGAAAUGAGUAAAAGAUAUAUAAAUAGGCAAUGAACAAGAUCCUACAAAUACUAGAGAAUCAUAAGAGGUUUUACUUAUGUCUAAGAUAAUCCUGUUUCUUUUCAAUCGUCCAGAAAACGCAACCAUUUGUGAAAAAAUAAAGAAAGCCUAGCUAGGACGAGAUAUCCGUGGAUGUGUUGUUCAAC